UGUGAAGGAUCCGUAAGGGGACAAUCGCUGGUUGAAAGCGCCAUCUGCUGUUUGGGGACUCUAGCAACAUUACACACGUUUUUUUCUAUCGAAGCAUGUCUACAGAGAGCUAACAGAGAAAACGCGCACGACUGGAGCUUUAUCGGCAGCAGCUGAGGGCAGAGGAGUGCGUGCGUAAAAGGAAGAACGGUGCGGAAAAGGAAGAACGGUGCGUAAAAGAGGACCUGUGCGUAAAAGGAGGACCUACGCCCCCUCCACGCAGGUGACGCCCACAUACAGUGACUUCACCCCCUCGCUGUUUCACUCCUAAAUGGGAUGUAGGAGACUUGAUUUCACUGGGCUUUAUUUGGCGUCAUCUUCGCAGGUGGAAGACAUGAGUGGCGUUACACUUUAUGCAGAGGAGGCAGACAUCGCUCAGGAUGGAGUGCGAUCUUCUCCCUCGUGGACUGAGGAGCGCUGUGAGGAGCUGUGGGAUCGUGUGGAGGGAGUACGACACAAGCUGACCCGAAUCCUCAACCCAGCCAAACUCACCCCGUAUCUGCGCCAGUGCAAGGUGAUCGAUGAGCAGGAUGAAGAUGAAGUGCUCAACUCCACGCAGUACCCGCUACGUAUCAGCAAGGCCGGCCGUUUGCUGGACAUCCUACGAGGUCAGGGCCCGCGAGGUCUGCAGGCCUUCAUGGAGUCCCUGGAGUUUUACCAUCCGGACCAGUACACACAGCUGACCGGAGAGAAGGCCACGCAGAGAUGCUCCCUCAUACUGGAUGAGGAAGGUCCGGAGGGUUUGACUCAGUUUCUGCUGCUGGAGGUUCGUAAACUGAGGGAGCAGCUUCGAAACAGUCGCAUGUGUGAGCGACGCCUGUCUCAGCGCUGCCGGAUGGCAGAGGAGGAGCGAAGCCGAGCCGAACAUAAAGCUCAGGAGUUGCGUCACGAAAGGCUGCAACUAGAAAGGCUGCGUCAGGACUGGGAGUCGGCCAGUCGAGAGCUGGGAAAGCUGAAGGACAGACACCUGGAGCAGGCUGUGAAGUAUUCCAGAGCCUUGGAGGAACAAGGGAAAGCUUCGACCAGAGAGAGGGAACUACUGAGGCAGGUAGAGGAGCUUAAGUCCAGGCUGAUAGAGGCAGAGAAAACUACAACGGAUCCUCCAGAGACUACCAAAACAAACACUCUUCGCACUAAUGGAGUAAAAGGCAGUCCACCUGCGUUACCACAAAAGCCGCUGCACAGCACUGAGGUGGAGAAGGCCGAGAAUACAGGACCUCAGAUGAGAAACUCAGUUCCCACCACUGGAGUCAUUGCUCUGAUGGAUAUCCUGCAGCAGGACCGCAGGGAGGCUGCAGAGCAGAGGCAGGAGCUCUGCGAGAUGAUCACCAGACUCCAAGGAGAGCUGCAGAGCAGUGAGGAGCACGGGGACAAGGUGGAGUCGCAGUGUGAGCAGCUACAGCUAAAGGUGAGGACUCUCCAGCUGGACUGGGAGACGGAGCAGAAGAGGAGUGUGUCCUAUUUCAACCAAAUCAUGGAAGUGGAAAAGGAGAGGGAUCAGGCACUGCGCAGUCGAGACAGCCUGCAGUUGGAGUACACCGACUGUCUGCUGGAUAAGAACCGUCUUCGUAAACGCAUUGCAGAGCUGCAGGCCAACCUGGAGCAGCAGCAGAGAGAGCUGGAGAAAGAGAGGGAGCGGUGCCGGGAGCAAAUGGAGCAGAGUUGUCUGCACUGUUCCCACCUGUCUCUGUGCAGUGAAGACCAGUGCUUUGGCCCCUGCUGUUCCCUUGGGCUGGACCUGAGCCCCCAGCACAACAGCGCUCAUCUCAUCCUGAGAAAGACGCCCUCUAGAGGCCAGGCUAAUGAAAACUCAGACAAUUCUCCUUCCAACUCGGACGAUAAUCUCUUGUUAUCAACAAAAGACAAUGAAAAGGAAAUCAAUCGUCUCUCCACGUUCCCAUUUCCUCCUUGUAUGAACUCCAUCAACCGACGGGUUAACACAGAGUUCGACUUGGACUCCUGGGGCAGUGAUGAGAACGACAACAUCACAGGUGAACACAAUGAGCCAUCUUUGUGGGAUUCCUGUGCCUCCUUACACUCUCAUAUCUUCCCUCCUGACCUGGUCAACCUGCCCACCGUCCCUUCACACAACGCCCUGCCCAGCGUUUCCAGUAAUUCCUCUCGCUCCCCAUCUUCAAGUCCCCCCACCUCACCGAGACAUGGAAGAGCCAGUCUGGCAGAUGAUAUCAUAAUAGUUGGAGGAAACCGAACGGGGGUCUUUGUCAGCCAUGUGAGAUCUGGUUCCCCGGCUGAACAAUGUGGACUGAAGGAGGGCAGUGAGCUGCUGGAGCUGGAGCGGGUUCUGUUUGGUGGUGGCAGUGUGCUGCUGGGUCAGUGCACGGCUGAGGUAGCACACUUUUCUCUGCAGUGGUGGACCGAACCUUCAACACUCAAAUAUCAGAGCAACCCAGAAGCCUACUCAAAGCUGUGCUCCCAGCUUUCGUCGCCUACGUUUGUGGGUGCUGACUCCUUCUACGUGCGCGUCAAUCUCAACAUCGAACCUCACGGUGAUCCGCCAUCUCUGGGUGUGUCCUGUGACGACAUUAUACAUGUCACAGACACGAGGUACAACGGAAAAUACCACUGGCGCUGUUCCUUGGUUGACCCAAGCACAGCCAAGCCCCUGCAGUCGGGGACGAUGCCCAACUACAACAGGGCGCAGCAGUUGCUGCUUGUAAAGUUACGAAAAAUGGCGCUGGAGCAAAAGGACUUCAAGAAGAAGUUUUUAAAGAAAGCGUCCGUCCGUGUACGACUGGUAAAACCAGUGGACCCCAGCUGCCGUGGGAUCGGCUCCACACAGCAGGUGCUUUACACGCUCAACAAACGUCAUGACGAGCACUUAAUCCCAUACAGUCUAGUGCAGCCGGUGCAGGUUCAGAUGAAGCGGCCGGUCAUCUUCUCCCCAUCCCUGCUCUCCCGCGGUCUGAUAGAGAGGCUGCUCCAGCCAGCGGAGUCGGGUUUGAGGUUCAACACGUGUCCACCGGAGCCCAUUCAGGCCUCAGAGAGACGAGACAAGGGAGUGUUCUUGUUGGAUUCCUACAGUCCAGAGCAGGCUCUGGGCAUACGCCUCCAGUCAAUACAGGACGUCAUGAGCCAGGACAAACACUGUCUGCUGGAACUGGGGCUGCCCAGUGUUGAGGGCUUACUGAGACAGGACAUUUACCCCAUCGUCAUCCACAUUCGUCCCAAGAACAAAAAGCACAAGAAGCUGAGGAAGUUUUUUCCACGGUGUGGGGAGGACAGCGUGAUGGAGGAGGUGUGCCAGGCCGAGGAGCUGCAACUGGAGACGCUGCCCCUGCUUUACUACACGGUGGAGCCCAACACCUGGAGCUGCACUGAGGAGCUGCUGGCUGCUUUGUGUAACGCCAUUCACAGCCAGCAGAGGGCAGUAGCCUGGGUUGAACUGGACAGGCUACAGUAGAAGACGGACACCGAAUGCCUCUUAUGUAUUCCUAGCCUCAACUAGAUUCUAACCAGAUUAUAAAUUCAAAGUAGAUUGCAGCUUUCUGUGUAGCCCAGCUGGACUGGCUAAAGUGGUAGAUUAUUUUAUUAUUGUUAUUAUUUUAUUAAACUGAUUUGAGCCACACAAGAAAGGUGCAUGUCUGCUGGAAUUUCUCUACCAACAAUAAUUAUACAGUGUUACCUUUUUCUGCUUUUGACAGCUUCAGAUUAUACUUUAAGUUUUAUUUUAUGACAGCUCAAGGGAUCACACAAGGUGCUCCUUUUUUUGAUCAUUUAUUUUGUGAGUGGAAAGAGAAGUUGUAAGGACACAAAGACAGACGAAAGUGUUCAGUUAAAGGACUGUAGUAUGUAGGGAUGUAAUGGAGGGCUAAAAUCUGUUCAUUUGCAUUUCGUUUUUGAAAGUAUAGACACAAUCUUUUGUAAAUAUAGCUCCGACUUUUGCAUUUUUGGACAGAUGCACAUUUUUUCUUACUCAGGCUAGGCUUUAAUAAAUUCAGUUUGAUAUUAAAUAAUGGAUGCUACAUUAAAAUGCAAAGAAUUUAGUUUAGUUUGAAUGGGUUUAUGUUACUAUUAAAAUGUCCUUCAUUUUAUUACUUGAUUUCAUUUUAAGAAAGCUGAAACACCGAGGCCAGAGAAUAAAAACUGUGGAAUUGUCCAAAUGCUUAUGGUCAGGACUGUAAACCUGUUGCAUAGAUCAUACUUGACAGUACAAAAGGUCUUUAGUCAUAUCAAUAAAUUUCUGUUUACACUACAUUGUACAACAUAUUUUAAUGGCAUUUUUUCUUUUGUAAUCUAUUUGAAAAAAAUCAUUAAUAUCAAAA